GUUGUCAGGUGCGCUGCUCCUGGCCACGAUACUUACAACUUUACCGGGGGGCCAAGGCAGGUGGAGCGUGUCCUUUUCCCGAAAAGAGAUGUGUGUGUGGGCAGGAACCACCGUUACGCUGCCCUGUCGCUACGAUUAUCCAGCAGGUCACACCGUGACCACCGUCAUGUGGUUUCGCGUUUCGGCAGAUGGUCAACGGGAGUUCAGCCAUCACACAGACCCAAACCAAAUGGGCUUGUCUUUUCGCGGACGCACUCGCUACAUUGGUGGAAGCUAUUCCAGCUGUUCGGUCCAAAUUCGGGCUGUCAAGCUGAGUGAUGCGGGCCAGUACCACUUCAGGUUUGAGACGGACCAACCACUGGGCAGAUGGACCUCUCCAGACACCAUCACUCUCCACGUAACAGACCUCCAGGUCCAGGUGCUUCCAAGCAGGCCAUCCAACAUGUUUGGCUUUGCAGAGACUGUGUUUGUAGGCUGCCAGGCCACAGGAUGCGCUGCUCCAGGAAGAAGCCUCGCAUUGUACAGGAAUGGGCUGAACCUGGGUUCCUAUGACAAAUGGCUGAUUAUCCAACGCUUUGACCGAGCCCACGUCGGAGCGUAUAUCUGUCGACCAAUCCCGCCGCAGAAUGUGCAGUCCCCGACCCUCUCUCUGGCUCUUGGCCAUGCUCCUCGUUCUACCUCCAUCCACAUUUCUUCUACAGGAGAGGUCUCGGAGGGCGGCUCGGUCACUCUGUCGUGCAGUAGCGAAGCGGCUCCGCCCGUCGAGAGCUUUGCCUGGUUCAAAGACUUGGAGAUGGACAGCAUCCCAGACACUUUUGGGCCUCACCUCCACCUUUCUCACCUGAAAUCCACAGACAGAGGAGAGUACUUUUGCGUGGCGCGGAACUCCCUGGGAACUGAACGCUCCAAAGCGCUUCUUCUCAAUGUGACAUUCUCCCCCAAAAAUACCCGUGUGCUGAUAACACCGCCCGGUGACAUUGGAGAAGGCACCGUUGUGAACCUCAGCUGUGUCAGUAAUGCCCAGCCACCUACCAGCAGGCACGCAUGGUAUCGCAUCAUAGGAGAGCAGGUGAUAGCGAAAGGAAGCGUCCAGAAUUUGACUUUCCCCUCGGUGCGUGCUCACCACGCUGGUCAGUACUACUGCACGGCGUGGAACCCAUUAGGACAACAAACUUCUCAUGCCACCACUCUUAGCGUGCUGUAUCCUCCCAAGAACACUUCAGUGCUGGCUCGCCCUUCCAGCGUGGUGGACGCCGGGCGGCCUUUGACUCUGACCUGCAGCAGUCAGGCCAACCCGGCCGUGGACAACUUCACUUGGCAUCGUUUAACCCACAACGGAGCGCCGGUGCAAUCGUGGGGCAGCCGGACCGGUCCUGUGUUCACAUUCUCCGAGGUCGGGCCGAGAGAAAGUGGCCGGUACUACUGUGAGGCCAGAAACCGCAUGGGAGUCCACAGCUCUCCUGUCCUUACGGUGCAAGUCCGAGGACGACUAAAGGUUAUUGCUUUGGCGUCGGCGGUGGGCGUGUCUGCUGGGCUCAUCACUCUGACGGUGGCCAUUAUGAUUAGUAAGAACAUGCACACAGUUGACAUGGAAUCAGCUGGAGUAGCAUCCGAGCGGCCUUCGCUUGCGGCCGACACCAUGUUCUACGAGGCGACCCAACCAGUGGUGCCACUGAGAGAGACCUUCAUGGCGGACAUAGCGGAGGAACCUGAAGACUUGAGUGACAGCAGCUCCCAUCCUGCAAUUGCUCCUCUCAAGGACGCUCCUCCGAUCACAAAAGCUCCAAGCCCUGCCUCCAAAGGGGUUAGCGUCCACGACUCCAGAUUGUCAAGGAACUACGCAGGCUAACAGUUACAAGUCCUUUCAAUUAAGCUACAUCACUGGAUAUUCCGAAAAGAACGUGGGGGGGAACAAUGUGGAUAAAUGACCUCCAAUAUUCUUCUCACCUCUAAAAUACUUGUGUCGUCAUUACAGCACAUACUUUGACUAAAUAUAUUUGAGAACAUAAUUCAUGACGCAAUGGUCAUUUUAUUGGUAAAACAUGCUACAUAAACAAAACAUCAAGCAUUAUUUACAAACGCGCACAAUACGGGUUUCAAGAUGAGCACUUUAACCUCAAUCUUCAGACAUAGUUAAGGAAGGAGGUGGUAAGAACAUCAUUGCCUUUGGAGCAACUUGUUAAAAUUACCUUUA